UAUGUCUCAAAGACCUGUUGUAAAGAUGAAUAAAACAAGAGAUAUUAACCAUCUUCUAUGCAGAAGAUGACCAAUAAAUGGUAGUUCCCUCUUCUUUGUAUACCUGUGGAUGAGGUAUCUUCUGUUUUUACCCCUUUAGGUCCACUCUCUGUUCUUUACGGCUUUCUUUCUGCCCUGUAAGAACUAGGGCAAUUAAAUUCCUUUGACCUGUGGUCUUCAGUUCAGUUCAGCCAAUGGACAUAUUGAGCAGGAGAUCAGAAGGUGGGAGAAGAGUGAGAUUAGAUGGUUUAUUUCCCUGGUUCUGUAUAUAAGGUCACCUUGGGCAAGCUGUCUCCCUCUGCUGAAGGUCACAGCUCCUCUCAGUGUGGCCCUCUCUACUUGACUUUCUCAUUCAUGGUCUUGUAACCUCUUUCUCCCAUCUCCCUUCAGGUUGGUAACAGCUCACUUGUUACUAGCCACAGGUUCUGCAAAAUGCCAUGUGGUUUCCCUCAUAAGAUGACCAUAUAAUUUUCAUCAAACAUUUGGAGAGUGAACUAAAGUGCAUUAAUAAUACCAGGCUAAGAAAACCAGCAUGUAUGGACACCCACCUUGCCUUUGCAUGCAUCGUUCUUUUAAAACCCUACUCAAGUUAUCCUGAUUUUCCUGCUACAUUUUGUUCCAAUACAUAGAUGAACAAGCCAGAUUAUUUCCUACUGGGGUUAUCCUUAUGAAAAAUAUGACAUUGUGACAAAAGAUGGUUAUGUCCUCGGAGUUUUCAGGAUUCCUCAUGGAAGAAAAUGUCCAAGAACAGGGAGUCAGGAAGGAGAAUUUUCUUGUAGGCACCAAGGAUGUUCAUAUAAGAAAUUCUUGUUGCCUGUGUUUUGCAGCUCCAAAGCCUGUUGUGUAUUUGCAGCAUGGCUUUAUUGCAUCUGCCAGUAAUUGGAUUAGCAACCUGCCCCACAACAGCCUGGGCUUCCUGCUGGCAGAUGCUGGUUAUGAUGUAUGGAUGGGGAACAGCAGGGGAAAUACCUGGUCCAGAAAACACUUGAAAUUUUCAACCAAAUCACCAGAAUACUGGGCCUUCAGUUUGGAUGAGAUGGCUAAAUAUGACCUUCCAGCCACAAUCAAUUUUAUCAUAGAGAAAACUGGACAGGAGCAACUCUACUAUGUGGGCCACUCCCAAGGCACCACCAUUGCUUUCAUAGCAUUCUCUACUAAUGCAGAGUUGUCUAAAAGGAUUAAGAUAUUUUUUGCAUUGGCUCCAGUCACUACCGUGAAAUACACCCAAAAUCCUAUGAGAAAAUUUACAAUUCUUUCCAGACAAGUAUUCAAGGUAUUGUUCGGUGACAAGAUGGUCUAUCCUCACACGUUUUUUAACCAAAUCAUUGCCACCAAGGUGUGCAACCGGAAGAUAUUUCAUCAUAUUUGCAGCAAAUUUCUAUUUUUUUUGACUGGAUCUGAUCCAAAUAACUUAAACAUGAGUCGCUUGGAUGUUUAUUUGUCGCAGAACCCUGCAGGAACAUCUGUUCAAAACAUGCUGCACUGGGCCCAGGCUGUUAAUUCUGGUCAGUUCCAAGCUUUUGAUUGGGGAACGCCUGAACAGAACAUGAUGCACUUCCACCAGCUCACACCUCCCCUAUACAACGUUUCUAAGAUGGAAGUUCCAACAGCAAUGUGGAGCGGUGGACAGGACAUUGUGGCUGAUCUCAAAGAUGUUGAGAAUUUACUCCCUAAAAUUAGAAGGCUUGUCUAUUACAAGUUGAUUCCCCACUACAAUCAUGUGGAUUUUUACCUUGGAGAGGAUGCGCCCUAUGAAGUUUACCAAGACCUAAUUAGAUUGAUGCAAGAAUAUUUGCAAAAUUAAAUACACUUUUCUUUCUCUAAGGAAGUGGGUUUUUGUCAUAAGAAUGCGGUGCACAGACCCUAAGGUGACCCCUCCAAUAAUUUUCACCUUGCAGUGUAUGAAUUUGUGUAAUCCUCUCUCCUUAAGUGUGGGAGGUACCGGAGACGUGCUUCUAGACAAGAGAAUUGGCAAAGGUGAUGAGAUGUCAUCCUCUAAUUACAUUCUACUAUAGAAGAAUCCACCUUAGCAGACUAGAGCAAGAGAUUCUCCUUGCUGGCUUGAUAAGGCAAACAGAUAUGUUGAGAAAGCCCACAUGGGAAGGAACUGUUAGUGUCUUCUAGGAUCUGCAGUUGGCAUCCUGCUGAUAACCUGCAAAAGAUUGGGACUAUCAGUUAUACACCUAUGAAAAAUUGAAUUCUGCCUAAAACCUGAAUGAGACUGGAAGCCCAUUCUUUCCUCGUAAAGUCUCCAGUUGAGAAACCAGCCUGUGUAACACCUGGAUUGCAGCCUGGUGAGACCCAGAGCAGUGACCUAGCUAUGCCAUUGCUGGACUACUGACCCACAUAAAGUGAGAUAAUAAAUAUAUAUUGUUUUAAACCACUAAAUUUGUGGUAAUUUAUUAUCAGCAAAUGGUAAACUACUA